AUGAGUAUCGAUAUAUUUGGACGUUCACUACCAACUGGUGCUGUAAUCAGUGGACCACCAGGACCACCCGGACGAGGAUUUCGAGUAACUGUUGACAGACAGUAUGAUGUUGAGAGCAAGAGACUGUGUCACAUUGGCAAACCUGCUGAAAAUAGCGAUGCAGCAACUCUAGAGUUUUUGUCGACAAUGGAGGACAAGAAAUCAGUAAUAGCGUAUGAGUUGCACAGACCAGCACGCAGAAAUUAUCAACGUCGUCAUGUUGACAUACGAGCACUUGAUGAAACUUGGCAAGCUGACUUAGUUGAAAUAAUUCCUUAUGCAACAGUAAACAAAGGAAACAAAUAUCUGCUAACUGUCAUAGAUAUUUUUUCAAAGUAUGCUUGGGCUGCACCGAUUAAAAGUAAAAGUGGCAGUGAUGUCACUAGUGCAAUGAAAUCUAUAUUUCAACUAGGACGUGCUCCAAAAAAUUUGCACGUUGACCAAGGCAAAGAAUUUUAUAAUAAAGAAUUUCAAGAACUUAUGCAACGUAAAAACAUCAACAUGUACUCGACAUUCAGCAACUUGAAGGCAUCCAUAUGUGAACGAUUUAACAGGACACUUAAAAAUAAAUUGUGGCGUGAAUUCUCUGCACGUGGUACCUAUAAAUGA